AUGGGGAAGAUUAGAAAGAAAGAAUUAAAAGCAAAAAAUACUACUUCAUUGUUAGAAGAAGAAAUUUUUAAAUUAGUUGCCAGUGAUUAUACUCGUGAGGUCAAAGAAUUUAUUAAGGAUAAUCCUCACUUGAAAUUAGUGUUAGUUAAUUAUCCCCAUAACGAGCAACAAUUAGCCUCGUUAAGUGCCGAAUUAGCCCAAACCGGAAAGAAAAUAAAUAAUAUUAUUCUGUUAAGCAUUACCAAUUAUGAGUUAAUAUUGAGUUUGAAAGAAGAAUAUCUAAUUUGUCCCAUUUGUGAGAAAAUAUAUAACCGAAAAGAGGUAGUAAAAGAAAAUGAGAAGUUUGUUUGUCCACGAGAUAGUGAAUACCAACUCUCUUUAGUUGCUACCAAAAAGUAUAGUGAUUAUAUUAUUGAGUAUUACUUAAAAAAUACGGAGUUAGUAAUCAAGAAAUUUCUUACUACAAACAAACUUUUGCCCUCCUCAGUCAUUCAAUUAACAGUCCAAAAAAAAGAAGAAAUUCUGGCUGGUGAAAUCCAGAAAAAUCUGCUGAAAGUAAUAGAUAAUUUGGAAAAAAAUAAAUUGGAAAAAGAAAGGGAUAAAGCGCUGUCUAAACUUUUACAGUCAAUUAUCGAUUGGGAAGUUUUUGGUGGUAGUGAAAGAAAAAAGGCCCUGGAAGAAUAUAAGAAAGUCAUGGCUGAUAUUAAGGUAAUUCAGCAACAUUUAGAAUUGGAGUUGGCCGGCGAAGUAGCCGACAAGGCUGAAUUUUGA